ACACGCUAGACGAGAUAAAAGAACGCAUUCUUUGCGUCGAGAGAGAUAUGGGGCACAUGAAGGACUCAAUCGAAUUUGCCCAUGCAGAAUUACGGGAAUUAAAAGAAGAAGCCGAUAAGUCCAAAAGAACCAACGAUCUUAACGCACAGAAACUAUGCGAGCUAGAAGAUUCAAACCGUCGUCUACAAGAGAGCGUCAUUGAUCUCAAAGCACGAUCCAUGCGGGAUAACUUGCUUUUCUUCAAUGUCAACGAAGACGAGAGAGAAAACACGACGGAGAAGAUUUACGAAAUCUUAGAAAGAAAUCUAGAGAUUCCCAAUGCCAGAGACACAAUAAAAAUUGAUCGUUCUCACCGAAUCGGAAGGAAACGCGAGGGCCAACGCAAGCCUAGAGCAAUAGUUGUCAAAUUUAACUUUCACCAAGAUCGAAUAAGAUUAAACGCCAGAAAGCUCAGGGGAACGCGUAUUGGAAUCGCGGAGCAGUUUCCCGAAGAAAUUGAGAAAAUUCGCCAAACCUUAUACCCUGAGUUAAAGAAGGCUAAAGCGCAAGGACACAGAGUGCGUAUG